CGACGUUGACAAACUGAUAACAACACACUGUGGUGCGAGCUUAAGCAAACGAACGAGCCACGCUGCCUAAACCCAGCAGUGAAUGUGGGGCGCAAACGAGUGCAAGUACUGCGGGUAGUGAAUUUAGUCACCACCCACAAAAACUAAACGCACACGCCGUACCCAACCUAAAAAAAAAAACAAACACAACUACUAAAGUCCUUUGCAUUAACAAAAUUAGUUAAUAAACAGUUAAACAAAAUAAACAGGUGGUCGAUAGCGACAGAGAGAGAGAGAGAGAGCGAGAGCAACUCAGCGUGCAUGCGAGUGUAAGUGAAGUAAGAAGUAGAGUGCGCUCACCGUGUACCGGCUGAUGCAAUAGAGCAACUUGAUUGCUGGUAAAUGAAGUAAAGGUGAAAUUAUUGUAGUUGAAAAGCCUCUAAACAAAUUUUGCAUAUCCACCGAAAACAAUCGCUGUGUGUGCGCAUGCGCACAAUCGCUCGAUCGCACCCUUAUACUUAUGAGCGCACACCGUCAACAAUCAACCCUCAGCCCCAAGCCUUGAAGAACCACUCAACUCAGCUACACACACAAACAACCCUUAGCACGAGCGCAUACCACAAACACUACGCUCCACAAUCGUCGUCACCAAUACCAUUUACCUGCAUACGUACAUACUUCCAAUUAGUGCCGGAAAAAUCAAUAUUAUCUUCGUUUGACUUCAGCAAGUAAAGUAGAAAAUUCCACAAAACAAAACAAUGGCUCGCAUACAGGCUAGUGAUAAUGUACCGCCGCGUCCUUUGUUCGAUACACCCGUCAAUUCCAUCGCCGAUGUGGGCGCACAAAACAAUUGCUCCGCGGAUAGUUCCAGUCAGGGUUCGGGUGUAAAACUUAAAAAACAAAUCGGCCUACUCGAUGGUGUGGCUAUUAUUGUGGGCGUUAUUGUUGGUGCUGGCAUUUUCGUCAGUCCGAAAGGUGUCCUGCUCUACUCCGGUUCGAUUGGUCAAUCGUUGAUCGUUUGGAUAUUGUGCGGUGCCUUGAGUAUGGUCGGUGCGCUUUGCUAUGCGGAAUUGGGCACAAUGAUUCCGAAAUCAGGCGGCGAUUAUGCUUACAUCGGCACAGCAUUCGGUCCACUGCCCGCCUUUUUAUAUCUCUGGGUGGCGUUGCUUGUGCUCGUGCCCACUGGAAAUGCCAUAACGGCGCUCACAUUCGCACAAUAUUUGCUGCAGCCAUUUUGGCCAUCGUGCGAUGCACCCACAGCGGCGGUACAGUUAUUGGCAGCGGUGAUGACAUGUAUUCUCACGGUCAUAAAUUGCUACAACGUUCGUUGGGUGACACGCGUCACUGAUAUAUUUACCGGCACCAAGGUGUUUGCGCUAUUUGUUAUUGUUGCCGCUGGCGUUUGGUAUCUAUUCGCUGGCAAUACUGAGUUGUGGGAGGAACCAAUGCGUGGCACAUUCAAAGCACCCGGUCUAAUAGCACUCGCCUUCUAUAGUGGACUAUUCUCGUAUUCCGGUUGGAAUUAUUUGAAUUUCGUCACAGAAGAACUGAAAGAUCCAUACAAGAAUUUACCGCGCGCCAUUUGUAUUUCAAUGCCUGUAGUAACGCUAAUUUAUGUGGUGACAAAUGUUGCCUACUUUUCGGUGCUCUCGCCAGAGGAAAUACUAUCUUCGGAAGCGGUCGCUGUGACUUUCGGCGAUAAAAUGCUCGGCUUCAUGUCUUGGCUUAUGCCAUUCUUCGUCGCCUGCUCUACAUUCGGUUCACUAAAUGGUGCCAUAUUCGCGUCGUCACGUCUCUUCUUUGUCGGUGCACGAAAUGGUCAUUUGCCUGCAGCGAUUUCGCUGAUUAAUGUGAACUGCUUGACACCAGUGCCGGCGCUAAUAUUUCUGUGCAUACUUACUUUGGUGCUGCUCUUCAUCAGGGACAUCUAUUCGCUCAUCAACUAUGUCAGCUAUGUAGAGGCGCUCUUCACGCUACUCUCCGUGUCGGGGUUGUUGUGGUUGCGUUAUAAGCAACCGAAAACUGAACGACCCAUACGUGUCAGCCUCUUUUUACCCAUCAUAUAUUUGUUGACGUGUCUUUUCCUUGUGAUCUCAUCCGUCUUCCAGUCGCCCGUCGAAGUGGGUGUAGGCACAGUCAUUAUACUCUCCGGCAUUCCCAUAUACUACUUGACUAUCCAACGACCUGUCAAAUGGCUGACGGGUCUAUCACAAGCGAUUAAUCUUUGGUGUUCAAAAUUCUUUAUUUGUAUGCCAAAUCAGGAUAAAUUCGAUUAGUAACUAAGCGGUAAACAAUUAGAUUAAGUUCUGUUAAGACAUAUCCGAUAAAUCAUACGUGUGUAUGGUGGCAAAAUUAUAGGGACAAAUAUUUGACUAAAGUUGUAUUACAUAUGUACAUACAUACAUAUGAGAGAUAUACAAUGUUUUUGACAAUAGCAAAAUGACGUGCCUAAAACUCCCCUCAAUAAGAGAAAAAACCAACAAUCGAAUUAAAAUACCUCCCCACAUUGGAAGUAUGAGAAAUACAUAACUGUUAAGCUCGUGUACAUAUACAUACAUACAUACAUACAUAUAGCAUACUUGUAAUUCUUGCACAAUGCUAGGCUAUAGUAAUGAUUCUCUCGAUUUACACUCUCCGUUUUACAUAACGAAAAGUUGAAUGAGAUUAUUUACACUAAAUCAAAAAUUACGCAAGACUCGAAAAAUUAUUUCAACACUUUUUUGUACCCUUUUCCCCCUACUGUGGUAGUGUGAUUUGGCAUAACGAAGCGCAUGGUAUGAUAUUGUUUUGGGGAAAAAAGAAAUCCAUUAUUUUCUCGGUGCACGGCUGUAGUGACCGAUAUCUCGUAAACUAUCGUCCAGACAAAGUUUAUGCACGUUGUCAAAGUAACAUUUUACUCUAAAAAAAUUCUUUUGCGUUUUUUUGUUUUUGCUCCACUCAGUUAUGAGUUACAGGGUGUUAACAGUGGAAGCCAACAAAUAGCAAAUUUGGUACAUUUUGCAGUUUUUCCUUGAUAAAGGCGAAUAUGCAAGCCAGGCCGCUGAAAUUGUGAACGAUGUUUUUGGUGCCACUACUUUAAUAUUUAUUUACGUGCCAUUUUGGUUUCGUCAAUUCCGUUCAUUUGCUUCCGUUUCGUUUGAUGUUAAAGGAAAUGUCGAUAAUGUCGAUAAAAUCACAGAAAUAAUCAAAGUUGACCGGCAUGUUAGUAGUCAUAGCAUAGCCCAGGAGCUUAAGAUCGACCAUAAAACAGUCACAAACCAUUUGCGCAAAAAAUUUACGCGAAAAUAAUAGAUUUCUUUUUCCUUAACCUAAUAUUAUAUGAAUAUUAGGGUGGGUUAAUUUUAAUGGAACUAUUUUUUCCACAUCAUUCCUAGUAGAUUUAGAUUUUACCUAAAAUUAUAUAAUACCAAGAACAGUUCAUUAGAGCAUAGCUCUGAAGUCAAUUUCGUGCUAUCCUAAUUUUGAAGGAAGCUAUUUUUUGUUAAAAUGAAGUUAAUAUGCACAUAUCGCACCCUAAAUACAAAAGGGUCCCAACUCAAAAUACUAAGAUUUUCAGAAGAGACGAAACACGUUUUAUGUAAAAAUUAUUGUAAUAUUUUAAGAAAAUAUUGUUCCAUCAUGAAAAUAUACAACAUUGAAGAAGGUUCUACUAUAUUUUUUUCAAUUUUAUAUUAUGUUUGCGAAAAUAAAACAAAAUUUUGAUUUAUGACUCUUUAACUGAAAUUUUUUCGAUU